AUGUAUAUUUUAAACCUAAGCGCAUUCCUUUGCGUUACUUGCGCUGCCCCUCUGGGCUCGCCCCAUCAUCGAACCCAGGCUUUUGACGCGGAAUCCUCACACGCCGUAACGGGUCUAGAUACAGGUUUGAGCGUGACAGAUCCGGAAACUGCGGAGGCUUUGGCCGAAUUCGAAAUGCUUGUGGCUCAACAACGUGCAAUGGAACGAUCCUCAAUGAUCGGUAAGUGA